GAAGGACAAGGAAAUGCAAUAGACGUGCCAAACCCACCAGAAUUCGUUUAUCGAACAGAUUUUCGCCCUCCGAGCAUUGUUUUCAAAAAAGGGAUGGAAAGCUUAGGCAAGAAUGAUGGCUUACUUGAUCAUAUGAAAGGGGUAUCCACUCACUACGGUCCGAAGAAAAACAGUCUUUUUGUGUCCACAUCAGCUGUAGAAGCAAACUGUAUAGAAUGGGCAAGGGUGCAAAUGAAGAACAACAAGAAUCAACGAUCUAUCUACGUGUACAAAAUAAGAGCCAACGAAAAUUAUUACAGUAUGGAGAAGUCAUUGAUGAACGCUUUUGCUGUGAGCGGUAACGCGGAAUUUAAGACCCAAGCAGAGAACGUCGCUAAGUUCUAUUCGGAAUGGGAAGCUUGCGGAGGAGUCAAACCUGAAGAGGUUGUAAGCGAGACUGAGUAU